UCGUUCUUUUCAAAUUCCAAAAAAUGUAAAAUAUUCUUUUUAAAUUAAUAAAAAAGGCAGAGGAGAUGGCGAUCCGGUUGGGUCAAAGGUGGCGCCUCCCGAAGUGUGCCACGCCCGCAGUCGCCCACUUUCUGCACCAGCACCCCAAUGAAAUGACGGUGUUUGAAAUGCUGGGCUCCACCAAUCUGCGGCAGAGUUCGCCCGAGGACUACCGCAUCCUGCGCGAGAUCGUCAAUUCCUUUGAGCGCUACUCCGGAGUGGGCAAUGACAUUCAAUUGACCUUGGCCGAGCGCUCGGCCAACGAGCUGAUCAUGUGCGAGAAGAAGCGGGAGUACGAGAAGGGCAUCAUGGAUCCCUCCAAAUUCGCACCGGGUCACCACAUCUUCCAGGUGCUGCACACGGUGAAGAAGUCGCCUCUCUUCCAGAUGCUGAGCAAAAUGCCCAAGGGAGCGGCCCUCAAGGUGCACGACACCUCCAUGUGCAGCUCGAGAUCGGUGAUCGAGAUGACCUACCGGGAGAACCUGUGGGUCUGCACCACCCAAGAGGGCUGCCGCGUGGAGGAGUUCCGAUUCGCCAAGGAGAAGCCCAAGGACGUCAAUCACGAGGGCGGCGCGUGGCAGCCCAUGAAAAAGCUACGUGAAAUGCGAGGCGAGGAAAACCUUAGGAAAUAUUUACGUGUGCGGUUUAGUAUGUAUCCACUGGCCAGUUUUACCACCAAUGCCCACGCCUGGCGCCACAUGAUGGGCAUCUUCGACCUGCUGGACGGACUGCUACAGUACGCCCCCCUGUGGGGCGACUACUUCUACAACGGCCUCAAGGAGUUCUAUGCCGACGGAGUACAGUACCUGGAGAUGAGAUCGGUUCUCCCGCAGCUCUACUGUCUGGAUGGCAGCCGACUGCCCAAGCGGGAAACGGUGCAAAUCUACAAGGACACUCUGGAGCGGUUCAGGGAGGAGAAUCCGGGAUUUAUUGGAUGCAAGCUGAUUUAUGCCCCCAUUCGGCAUGUGCAACCGGAAGUGGUGGGGCAAUAUGUCAAGGAGUGCACUGAACUUAAUAAAGAGUUUCCCGGCUUUGUGGUUGGCUUCGAUCUGGUGGGUCAGGAGGACGUGGGCCACCCGCUGAGUAAAUUCGCGGAGGAGCUGCUCAAGCUGCCCGAUAACAUCAACUUCUACUUCCACGCCGGCCAGACCAACUGGUACGGAUCGCAUGUGGACCAGAACCUGAUAGAUGCCAUUCUGCUGGGCACCAAGAGGAUCAGCCAUGGCUACACGAUCACCAAGCACCCGCUCCUCAUGCGACUGGCCAAGUACCUGAACAUUGCCCUCGAGGUUUGUCCAGUGUCCAAUCAGGUGCUCCAACUGGGCUCCGACUACCGCAACCAUCCGGCAGCCACCUUGAUCGCCGAAAAUGUGCCCAUGGUGAUCUCCUCUGGGAAUCCGGCUUUCUGGCGGGCGGCUCCUCUCUCUCACGAUUUCUACAUGGCCUUCCUGGGCAUCGCACCCAUGAACGCGGAUCUAAAGUUCCUCAAGCGAACCGCCAAGAACUCCAUACGAUACAGCUCCCUGAAGGACGAGGGCAAGGCCAAGGCCAUGGAGAAGUGGAAGAAAAUGUGGGACAAAUGGAUCAAGAAGAUUGCCGAACAGAAGAAAAAGGAGGACAAUAAAUAAUUUAAGAAAAAAUGUUUCAAAUUACUAAAAAUUUGUUUUUCUAGCAAGCAUGUAAAACGAAAUUUAGUUUAUUUUCUGUUGAAAUAUACUGGUAUUGACUGAAAAAUUAAA